AGCACUGAGUCAAAGCAGCCCAAGAAGCCGAGGAGACACAAGAGAGAGUGGAUUCUUCCUCCUGCCAAGCUGAAAGAGAAUAAGGACUACACCGAUAGGGAGUUCAUUGCCAAGAUUCGCUCUGAUAAGGACCAGCAUGCCCAGGUGGAGUACUUUCUAACCGGACCAGGCGCUGACAGGGCACCCUUCAACCUCUUCAAGGUUGACCCUGACACUGGGUUUGUACGUAUUACUGGAGUCCUGGAUCGGGAGAAACAGCCAUUCUACAACCUUACAGGAGUGGCUAAGUACAGAAACGGGACCACGGCAGAGGAGAACAUCCCGUUAACGGUCACGGUGCUCGAUGAGAAUGACAACCCGCCUUACUUUGAGCUGCAUUCCGGCAACAUCACAGAGUGCAGCAAAAAAGGAACCUUUGUAAUGCAGAUUGAGGGACAGGACAAAGACCAAGAAGGAACAAUAAAUGCUGAGAUUGUUUACAGCAUUAUCAGUCAAGAGCCGGCGGGCUCGGGUAACAUGUUCGCUUUGGACAAGAAGACAGGCAAGCUGUACGUCAAGGAGGUCACACUGGACAGAGAGACUCAUGACUUCUACAAACUGGUUGUCCAAGGGGUUGACAUGGGAGGUCAAGCAGGGGGGCUGACAGGCACAGGAACUGUUGAGGUCACCAUCCUGGACAUCAACGACAACAUCCCCACACUGGAGAAAAAUGAGUACGACGGCACUGUGGAUGAAAAUGUUGCUGACGUCACUGUGCUGAAAAUCAAAGCUAUAGACAAAGACCUUGCGCACACAGACAACUGGCUGGCUGUAUUUCACAUUGUCACAGGAAAUGAGAAUGGACUCUUCUCCAUUAAGACAGACAAGGACACCAAUGUGGGCACUCUGAAACUGAUCAAAGCAGUGGAUUUUGAAGAGGUCCAGGUCCUUGAGCUAGGGUUGCUUAUUGAAAAUGUAGCUCCUUUUGUGAUGGGAAGCGCUGUGGCAAUGGAUGUGGAUGUGGAGAUAGGAGAAGGUGGUGGUCCUGGUGUUGGUGCCGGAGGUGGUGCCGGAGGUGGUGCAGGGCCUGGUGUAGACCUUGGGGUGGACUUAGGUUUGGAUCUAGGACUAGAUGCUGGGUUGGAUGCUGGGUUAGAUGCUGGGUUGGAUGCUGGGUUGGAUGCUGGGCUUGAUGCAGGGCUUGAUGCAGGGCUUGGUCCUGGUGUGAGUUUAGGACCUGGACUUGGGAUUAAACCCGGUGUGGGGCCUGGGCUAGGAAUAGGUCUUAAACCAGGCAUCAAACCAGGACCAAAACCUAAACCUAAACCAGGGGAAAGCUAUCCUAUUAAGAUUGCAGUAAAAAAUGUGCCAGAGGGACCAGCAUUCAAGCCAAGCACCAAGCCCGUUCCUGUGUCAGAAGACCCAAAUAAGAUGCCAAAGGAUGGAGUGAUCGCAGUGUUUGCUGCUGUUGAUCCAGACACAGGAAAACCAGCUGAAGAUGUCCGGUAUGCCAAAGCCCAUGAUCCAGACAACUGGGUUACUAUUGAUGAAGAAACUGCUGAGAUUAAGCUUAACAAGAUACCAGAUCGAGAGUCCAACUUCUUAGUGAACGGCACAUAUAUUGCCAAAAUAGUCUGCAUGACCCAAGACAUGCCGGCUAAGACAGCUACGGGAACAAUAGCCAUUCAAGUGGUGGACUCAAAUGACCACUGCCCCACCCUGGCCACCACUUAUGAUAGCCUCUGCUCCGAUGACAAAACCGUCUAUGUCACUGGUUUCGACGAAGAUGUUAAGCCCAAUGGCGCCCCGUUUAGCUUCAGAAUCCUACCCGAAGGGACGCACGGUACCUGGGAGGUAGAGCUCAUCAACGAAACAAGUGCAGCUCUUCACUCUCUGGAAGACUUGUGGCCAGGAAUCUAUGAACUAGAGGUGGAGGUGGCAGAUGAACAGGGCCUGUCCUGCCCCUCCAAUGAGGUUUUCCAGCUGGAGGUGUGUAUCUGUGGCGAGACGAAAGGCUGCGGCAGCAAGGCAGCCAGAUUACAGACCACUUCAACCAAGCUCUCCGCCCCAGCCAUCAGCCUUUUUCUCAGUGCCAUGUGCUUACUGCUGUUCAUCCCACUCAUACUAGUGUUCUGUCAGUGUGGUGGAGAGGACACCAUAUUUCCUGAACAAUUCACUGAAUUCCCAUUUGAUGUCAAGGAGCAUCUCAUAUCUUAUCCUACCGAGGGAAAAGGCGAGGAUAAGGAAGUUCCCCUGCUGAGUGUUCCUGUAAUUUUGGGUCCUGGAAGGAAUGUUGACAUACAAAAGGAUCACAAUGUUGUCACAAAAUCUUCAAGAGUCACAACUUGUCGGACAAGCAGAUUGUACAAUGAAUCAGGACUUACAUCUCAAGAAACCGGUCAGGAUUUCAUUGACGUCAGUCGCCCCUAUGGAUCCUCAAAGGGUACAUACAACUUUGGCAGUCCCAGUGCUACAUUCACCGGAUAUGGAAAAUACGCACAUGCUACUCUCAGGUCAGCUAUAUAUGAAGAAAUGGCCCUACCAGACAUUGUCCUCAAUGAUUACUACUCACAGAAAGCAAUGUUUCCUUCACCGGUGAAGGACAGUUUGUUGGUGUAUGAAUAUGAAGGCCAAGGCUCUCCUACCAGCUCGGUUGGCUGUUGCAGCCUCCUGGAAUCUGACGAUGACCUCCAGUUCCUCAACGACCUGGGGAAAAAGUUCAAGACUCUGGCUGAGAUCUGCUCUCCUCCUGCUCCUCCAACACCACCAAAACCUCCCAAAGUUGAUCGCAUUCUCAAAACUACAGUUAACCGCAUUGUUGAGCCAAUUGUUAAGGCCAAAACUCAAGAUUUUAUUGAGACAAUGCAUACUAAUAUCCAAACAAAGAACAUUAUCUCUUCCAAUACUGUUAACGUUUGCAAAACCUCUGCUAGCACUGUAAACACUGUUCAAUCAACAAACAGCCCUCCAUCACAACCUCUCUCUAGUUCUGUUACCAAGGUUAGUAACAUCAUCCAGUCUCCUACACUACCCUCUCCUGGCCAGACACUUCUGCUGCAACAGCAGCCUUUGUACUAUGCUACCGCUCCUAUGCUGCAGCCCAUGCACUACAUGGUUCAACCUCAGCUUCAGAAUACUGUCCUUUUGGCUGAUGGGACCUGUGGAGCGAACUUUCAGGGUAUGUUUGUAGUCAAUGGGGCCCAGAGUUCCCCUACUGGGCUGGUUAUCCAGGGUACACAAGGCCAAAUAAGCCCAACCAGCAUUGCCAGUGUCCCAAGUCCCACCAGCCCAGCCAGUCCAACAGUCCUGUUACCCACAGGUGGUUGGAAAAUGAUUGGCCCAGAUUCUGAUGGUAACUACAUGUUGGUAGAGAAUAAGACUAGUUCAGCUGAUACAUUGAGGCCUAAUGCAGGAUCAUCUCAGGGCACUUUGCCCAGAGAUGCUGUGCUGGUUAAAGAGGCUGCUUCCUCUCAGGGGGUGUUAGGCUCAGCAGCCCAGGGCUGUGUGUAUGGCAUUCUGCCAGGACACACCAUGACUAGAGAAGGGAUUGAAUAUUUAUCAAACAGAAAUUUGGAGGAUGAGAUAAUUCAUCAAAAUGAAAUAGAGAAAGGCAUAUCAGAAGAUGAGAAAAUAACGGAUCAAAAUGAAACAGAAAAAGCUCCAUCAGAGGACGUUAUAAUGCAUCAAAAUGAAAUAGAGAAAGACCUAUCAGAGGAUGAGAAAAUAAUGGCUCAAAAUGAAACAGAGAAUGACCCAUCAGAGGAUGAGAUAAUGGCUCAAAAUGAAAUAGAGAAAGACCUAUCAGAGGAUGAGAAAAUAAUGGCUCAAAAUGAAACAAAAAAAGCCCCAUCAGAGGAUGAGAUAAUGGCUCAAAAUGAAAUAGAAAAACACCUAUCAGAGGAUGACACAAUGCAUCAAAAUGAAACGGGAAAAACACCAUCUGAGGAUGAGGUGACAAUGCCUCAAAAGGAAAUAGAGAAAGGCAUAUCAGAAGAUGAGAAAAUAACGGAUCAAAAUGAAACAGAAAAAGCUCCAUCAGAGGACGUUAUAAUGCAUCAAAAUGAAAUAGAGAAAGACCUAUCAGAGGAUGAGAAAAUAAUGGCUCAAAAUGAAACAGAGAAUGACCCAUCAGAGGAUAAGAUAAUGGCUCAAAAUGAAAUAGAGAAAGACCUAUCAGAGGAUGAGAAAAUAAUGGCUCAAAAUGAAACAAAAAAAGCCCCAUCAGAGGAUGAGAUAAUGGCUCAAAAUGAAAUAGAAAAACACCUAUCAGAUGAUGAGAUAAUGCAUCAAAAUGAAAUAGAGAAAGGCAUAUCAGAUGAUGAGAAAAUAACAGAUCAAAAUGAAACAGAAAAAGGCACAUCAGAGGAUGACAUAAUGCAUCAAAUUGAAAUAGAAAAAUACCUAUCAGAGGGUGAGACAAUGCACCAUAAUGAAAUGGGGGAAAAACCAUCUGAGGAUGAGGUGAUAAUGUCUCAAAGGGAACUAGAAAAAACCCUGUCAGACGAUGAGAUAAUGCAUCAAAAUGAAAUGGAAAAACACAUGUCAGAAGAUGAGAAAAUAACGGAUCAAAAUGAAACAGAAAAAGGCCCAUCAGAGGAUGAUAUGGUGCAUCAAAAUGAAACAGAGAAAGACCUAUCAGAGGGUGAGAAAAUAAUUGCUCAAAAUGAAACAGACAAAGCCCCAUCAGAAGAGGAGAUAAUGGCUCAAAAGGAAAUAGAAGAAGCCCCAUCGGAGGAUGAGAUAAUGCAUCAAAAUGAAAUAGAAAAAGACCUAUUAGAGGGUGAGACAAUGCACCAUAAUGAAAUGGGGGGGAAACCAUCUGAGGAUGAGGUGAAAAUGCAUCAAAGGGAAACAGAAAAUACCCUAUCAGAGGAUGAGAUAACGUAUCAAAAUGAAACAGAGAAAGACCUCUCAGACGAUGAGAAAAUAAUGGCUCAAAAUGAAACAGAAAAAGCCCCAUCAGAGGAUGAGAUAAUGCAUCGAAAUGAAAUAGAAAAAGACCUAUCAGAGGAGGAGACAAUGCAUCAAAAUGAAAUGGGAAAAGACCUAUCAGAGGAUAAAAUAACAGAUCAAAAUGAAAUAGAUAAAGGCCUAUCCGAGGAUGAGAAAAUAAUGGAUCAAAAUUAA